AUCUGCGGCAGCCCGCGCCGCCCCCUGGCCGAGGCUCCCCGCCGGCGAGCCCGAGCACGGCCCGCAGCUCGCGGCGCGGCGGCACGGGGCCCCGGGAAAGUUCCCGGCGCGAGCGCCGAGAUGCCGGGCAGCGACACGGCGCUCACCGUGGACCGGACCUACUCCGACCCGGGCCGGCACCGCUGCAAGAGCCGGGUGAGAGGCGCGCGCGGAGUGGCGGUGGGGGCACCCGGCCGAGGGGCGAGGCCGGGUGGGCUUGGGUUCCCGCGGGAACGACGUCGCCCUGCGCGUUUCGCCGCCUCCCUCCCUCUCUUCCCGGCGGCCCCGAGUCCAGGCUUCCCCGCACUGUUCUAGCUGACGGGGUUGGGAAGUGGGGAGUGAGAGCCCGGCCCGCGGUUCCGAGACCCCAGGUCCCCCUCCCGGGCGGGAGCGGCGCAAAGCACCGCCCUCCGCCCUCCUCCGCUCGUCGGUCCCAGCGCGCCCGGGUCUCCCCGACGGCCGGCGCUCCGCCGCCCUCUCUGCCAGGGAGCGCCCGCCGCGCGGUGCGAGACGCGAGGGGAUCCCGCCAUCGGCGGCACCGUGUUCGCGGAGGACGGCCUCCUUCCCUCUUUGUAGAACGUCAUGACAUGAAUACACUAAGCCUUCCCCUGAACAUCCGCCGAGGUGGGUCGGACACCAACCUCAACUUUGAUGUACCAGAUGGCAUCCUGGACUUCCACAAGGUCAAACUCAGUGCGGACAGCCUGAAGCAGAAAAUUCUAAAGGUCACAGAGCAGAUAAGAAUCGAGCAAACGUCCCGCGAUGGGAAUGUCGCAGAGUAUCUGAAACUAGUCAACAGCGCGGACAAGCAGCAGGCUGGUCGCAUCAAGCAGGUCUUUGAGAAGAAGAAUCAGAAGUCGGCUCAAUCCAUUGCCCAGCUGCAGAAGAAGUUAGAGCAGUAUCACAGAAAGCUCCGGGAGCUCGAGCAGAAUGGGACCCCCAGGAGCUCAAAGGACAUUGCCAAGGACAACCUGAAGGACAUCCAGCCCUCUCUGAAGGAUGCCCAGGCCAAGGCUCGCACCGCUCCCCACAGCCUGGAGAGCGGUAAGUCGGGCCUGCCGGGGGUGUCCCUCACCCCACCCGUGUUCGUCUUCAGCAAGUCCAGAGAGUUCGCCAACUUGAUCCGGAAUAAGUUUGGCAGUGCGGACAACAUCGCUCACCUAAGAAACUCCUUGGAGGAGUUCCGGCCCGAGGCCAGCGCCAGGGCCUACGGGGGCAGCGCCACCAUCGUGAACAAGCCCAAGUACGGCAGCGACGACGAGUGCUCGAGCGGCACGUCAGGCUCCGCCGACAGCAACGGGAACCAGUCGUUCGGGGCCGGGGGCACUGGCACGCUGGACAGCCAGGGCAAGCUCACGGCCAUCCUGGAGGAGCUCAGGGAGAUCAAGGACACCCAGGCGCAGCUGGCCGAGGACAUCAAGGCGCUGAAGGCGCAGUUCAAGAGGGAGUAUAGCUUCAUCUCUCAGACCCUGCAAGAGGAGACAUACAGGUACGAGCGACUGGAAGACCAGCUGCACGACCUCACGGACCUGCAUCAGCACGAGACGGGCAACCUGAAGCAGGAGCUGGCCAGCAUUGAGGAGAAGGUGGCCUACCAGGCCUACGAGCGGUCGCGGGACAUCCAGGAAGCCUUGGAGUCCUGCCAGACUCGCAUUUCUAAGUUGGAGCUCCACCAGCAGGAGCAGCAAGCCCUGCAGUCAGACACCGUGAACGCCAAGGUCCUCCUGGGGAAAUGCAUCAACGUGGUCCUGGCCUUCAUGACUGUCAUCUUGGUGUGUGUGUCCACCAUCGCCAAGUUCAUCUCGCCCAUGAUGAAGAGCCGCUUCCACAUUCUCGGCACCUUCUUCGCUGUGACUCUCCUGGCAAUAUUCUGUAAAAACUGGGACCAUAUCCUGUGUGCCAUAGAAAGGAUAAUAAUACCAAGAUGAAGCGCUGGUUCCUGUCCUCACAUUCUUUCAAGUUUUUAUUUUGGAGAAAACUCUGUGCAUACUCCCAGAUUUUAAAAUGAACGUUUGUGCCGACGGAAGAUUACAAGGGCCGGGGCUGUGCGUUGUAAAUAACUACAGUUCUCUUCACUCGGUAGCACUUGCCAGCUCGGUCCCUGUACGUGGUUACCAUGAAUCUGUUUCCAUGCUCUCACCACGUUGCUCACUGCCUUAAUCAGACCAGGUUUCCUGCCCACCUGCCCAGUCCAGCAUGGUCAGCCUCUGGUUGUUGAGCACUUGGUGUAAUUAGUGACCCAGAAGGGAUUUUCAAUCUCUCUCUCUUAAGUCUCUGUCAAAAUUGAGCUGCACUCUUGCUGGUGGUUGUGUUUUCCCCGAGUCCUAUAAGCAGCGAGGAUGUGGCAUGACUUGGGGAGGGGAAGAAGCAUAGGCGUUGCCCACGUGAGCACGUGUGGCCCGUGGAAGCACAGUAAAUCCCGUGUAAUCCGUCCCACUGUUCACUGAUGACCAUAGGUCCCGUGUGUGCCCAGUGUCCACAGUGGUCAACUGUUUGUGACUCUCUAUCACUUAGAAAUCUUACAACACACCUGUUGAUCCAUCAAAAGUCUAACUUAAGUGUUCGGUUUCUCUUUAAAUGGUAAGACAUGAAGAUUUAUGAAUGGGCCUUACCUUCUUACACCCAGGGAGCCGCACUCCUGAUCUCACAUUCACUGGCUAUCUUACACACUGCCUUCAAGGCAUGUAGAGAUUCUUCCAAAUACCUCUUCAAACUGUGUCUUUAACAUUAAAUUGGUGUCUGACAAGCACUACACUGGAGGUUUGUGUUUUGGCACAUCUUCAUUGUGAUAUGCCCCUCUGCGGAUGUGAUUCACUUUCUGUGAUUCACUUUAUUCGGUCUUUGAGGGAUAGCAAAGCUUACUCAGUAAAUGAAAAAGGAUGCUCAUGUUGCAGUUGUAGCUUAUAAAGCUAAAGUGCCCUGAGGUAGGUACACUGGAAAAGGGGAAGAAAAUAUGACACGUGGUCUAACUGGGUGACAGCUAGAUGAGUGGGUGCAGCUCACCUGGAUGAAGAUUGAGAGAGGGUCCUCGUCAGACCUUGAAAGACCAGCAAGAAUAAAAUAAAUUAGAUCCAGUGUCUGAGCCAAGGUUGCCAUCUCUCUCUUAGGAUAAGUUCUGAGGUAAUACAUGGAGUGGCCACACUUCCACUCCACGGAAAGUCAGCGUCUUUGGUCUGUUUGGGGGAUGCCAUUCACUAUCUUGAACCCAGAUAAUAUUUUCCUUUAAAUCUGUUUCUCUGCGUAUAUAACAAAAAGGAAGCCCUAGAAGAAUUUAAUGGAAACUGUUGUUCAGCCCCUUCUCACACCAGCUGUUUUGUUAUCUGAAGGCGUAAAGAGGCAUGUUAGUGUACAUUUUCUUCCAGAAAACAUCAAAUCGCCCGGAUUUAAAUUUUAAGUGUAAUAUUUUGCAAAUAGCUGCUCUUAGGGAAAUCUCCU